AAACAGAUUGCAUUGGUGAACUCAUUUCUACAGAGCUGUGGAGUCUGGAUUGUGCUCAUAUAUUUUUGCAAAUCAACAUUGAAUCUCUAGGAAAAAUCGUAUGGCGUCGCGGUUGCAAAUUGAGGGCGAUGCCUCAGUAUUGCUCCGAGUCACUCACUCCAACCUCAAAAGUUUCGCCGCCGACAUUCGCUUCUCUCUUCAGAUGAGCGUGGAAGCAGUGAAAGAGAAGCUAUGGAAGAAAUGUGGGACUUCAGUAAAUUCAAUGCGGUUAGAGCUAUAUGAUGAUUGUAAAAAUAAACUUUGUGAUUUGAGUGAUGAUUCAAGACCUCUUGGUUUCUAUUCUCCUCUAGAUGGGUUCCGAAUACACAUUAUAGAUCUUGAUCCUUCAUCGGUAACUUCUGGAGGGUGGCUUGAAGAUACGUCAUUAGUAGAGAAGUAUACGAUUUCUGAAGAUGAAUACAGUAAACGUUCCGGUACAUUUAGGAAGUUCAAGGAACAGAUGGCAUCUCAAAAUCCAUCAGCAUUUAGGAAUAAAAUGUCAGACAACUACAUGGAAGACCUCUGUGCAAAUAUCAAGGUAGGAGACAGAUGCGAAGUUGACCCAGGGGAGAAAAGAGGUGUCAAAUAUGUGGGUCGAGCAGAAGCAUUAGGACCAGGAUUUUGGAUUGGAGUUCAAUACGACGAACCGCUUGGAAAACAUAAUGGCAUGGUGAAAGGAACUCGGUAUUUUCAAUGCCCUCCACUUUGUGGUGCAAUGGUUAGGCCCGACAAAGUAAAGGUUGGCAACUAUCCUGAACGAGAUCCCUUUGAGGAGGAUGAGAUAUAAUGUGGUUGUGAAAGGGUAUUGCUACAUUUCUGUUUCCAAGCAGUUUCAAUAACAUUACAGGCUGACAAUGAUACAUUUGUAUUUGAUGUUAUUGUAACAUAUAUGGUAUGAGAAUGAUGUGUGAGACUGAAAGAUGAUAAACUUUAAG